CACUCAUUCAUAAUUUCAAGCUUUUCAACUAAGGCUACUCAGUGCCACCAGAGACUUAUAGUGCCAUCAAAGCCCCCAAAGGAGAGAUGGCUGUCUACUUCGUCUCGGGAACCAGUCGCCCAUACUGAUACAAAAUCCGUGCUCCCGGCUUCGCCCUCCUUACAGGUCCAGAAUUCACGAUGAGACCACAUACUUGCCGACGCUGUGGCCAUCGUGGGUACCAUAGUAUGUACCUUAUGCCUUCAUUCUUCAUGUCGCUUAUCGCUGUUUUCGAGGAUCUUGUUUGGGUGCGUUGCUGAUAUUUCGUUCCACACGAGCUUCCGAAGUACGCUAAGGCAUAUUAAUUUAGUGAGGUCCACUGUCGACAAAACCUUGAUGUACUUAUAUCGUGGUUCUGCUAACACGUCAGUGUUUGACCCACGGUUUUAAGGACGCACUUGAUUCUCAUUCCCCAGCAUUGCAUAUACUCUUCACCCUCACAGCCUGAUUUCUGCCCAUCUGGUACUCAACCCGAUGGACACGUCAAACAAGAAAGGAAAAUAUGUUCAUACAAAAGACGCAGCACCGCAGGCAGGAGAUACAUAAGGACAACGAAGCACCUGUAACGAAGAGUAACCUAAUUUGAUCACCCACAAUACACCGGGG